UUGAUUCUAGAUUGGUCACCAUGGCCUAUUUAUUCUUUAUAGGCUUAAAUUAGCUUGAUACAGCGGAUGUUACACGUAGUUCAACAGCUUGGUAACAUAACUGGUCUACACAAAAUCCCUUUGUACAUUUUGUAAGCGAAGAUUUCUAGGCUUAGAAUAAAGAUUUGUGAAAUUAUGGAAUGUUAGAACAUAUUAGUACUUCGGAAGAGGUCUAAUUUCUGGCUGUCUGUAAUCCUCUAUAAUAAAGGUUCUACUCUUAUCUAUUCCAAAUUAUAUGAUACAUGUACAUUCAAAAUGUCAGUUUAUUAGUCCGUUUAAUACUUAGUAGGCAUUCUAAAAGCAGUUUUGUAUGGAAAGUAUAUAUAACUGAACAUGUAUUUAAGAUUUAAAAUAAGUAUAUGUCUUAUUGUGCCUGUAAUCGUAAACAGUGUUAAUAUCACUAGUUUAGGGUCAUUUAAGGUUUCAAAUGCAGCUUUUGUCACUUUGUAUGAAAAUCCAAACGGUGCGGAUCCAAAAAAUAAAUAUGAUUUUGUAGUGUCAGCAUUCAGCGCAAUUCCAUUUGCGACUGAUACCGUACAAUUAGUGAAAGGUGUUGGUCAGUAUAUGUCCAGCGUGUCCGGAAUAAAGCCGGAAAUUUUGACUACACAAGCGACAUGGCCGAAUGAAGCAGCAGGGGUUCCAGAUGCUGUUUUUGGAAAACGAAUGGUCAUUGUCCCGUAUGGUUUUAUUUUACCAUUCAAAACGAAUGGUGGUCUGAAAUUGAUUGAUGUAUCAAGUGACACACCAGCCGGUCCAUAUACCAUUACCGACGAUUCUACUGGGCAAUGGUUCUACCAUAGAGUACGAUGGCAUGAUAUGGACGGGGAUGGAGAUCUGGAUGCUGUCACAUGCCACGCUAGAGAGCCAAUCUUUGGGUCAAAGGCAAGUGAGCUUUUAUGGCUAGAGAACCCUAACGGUGACGUAACGUUCCCAUGGAAAACUCACGUUCUCGGCGAAGGACCAGACAUAUUCUUCGAAUAUACCACUCUCAAUUCUACGGACGGUCCUUUAAACUGUAUAGUCGUGGCACAGUUUUUCACAAAGGCACUGUCUGUCUACUGGACAACGGAUAGCAAAGGCCUUUGGUCAAAUACAUCAGCGGUAAAAUCUAGAGUUAUAGACGCUACAAUCGGUGCUGUAUUUGAAGUUAAACUUGAUGACGUCAACAAUGACGGCAAGGUUGAUCUGCUUGUCACUAACAAUGGAAACAAUGGUUCAGUGUUUGUAUAUGAAAUACCAGACGACUUUAGGACUGGACAAUUCAUACGGCAUGUAAUUGGAACUGGUUACAUGCCAAUUAGCACGGGCAAUGGGAAGGGUGCCCCAGGAUCGUCAUUUACAGCACGAGUUUCCAAUGACACCAAACCUGUCAUUAUUUUAUCCGGAGAUGACAAUGGGAGUGCAUACAUAUUGACAGCCAAGAGUCAAGACAAGACAAACUGGGAUUAUACACAGACAACUGUUGUAACUACUGGUGGAGAAACAGUCGGACAACUAGCAUGUGCUGAUGUAGAUGGGGAUGGAAAACUAGAGUUGUUUGUACCGUCAUACAGUACGUCAGUAGUGUAUGUGUAUAGACUUGACAUGUAACCGAUGAUAUUAUGAUAUGUGGUACAUUGUCUUUGCCUGGCAAACUCAGUGAAAUGUUUUAUAAUUACGUAAUUCUUUUUGAAAUUAAUGUGUGUAAAAUAAAUAAAAUAUCAAUCUGGUGUUUGUUUACACAAA